CCGGGUGAUUCACAUCGACGGUCAAAACAUACUAUAAGUUUAGUUUCGGUUGGUGACGGUGGAUAUAAAUAAACAAAUCAACUGUUACAGCAUUUUCCCACACACAAUUCAUACAGAGGACUAACCGUCUGUGCCAUCUGAAGGAAUGACAUUCGAGAAAAGUGACACAUUUUACGAUCUAGAUCGGAUCUAUUUAACCAUCGAGCGGAUGCUGGUGUUAAUUCGGCAGCUGUCCGGCGUUUCGCGCCUAGGUGAAAGUGGGCGGUCAUUAUCGAUGGAACUGCAGCUGCUGAAUGCUAUUGACGACAGAAGUUAUCAGGUUCAGGAGCUGCAAGCAGCUGUUAGCUAUUUAUUUAGCCAGUUUCGGAAGAUCUAUCUGGUCAACAAAGAUUUGUAUAUGCAGUUGAAUAAACGAGGAGGACGAAUCUUUGAGUUGGAAAAGCAGUUUCGCGAGCAAGGUGAAAGCAAAUGUUUGUAUUAUAUGGCAGAUGCGAUCAAGUACGAGCCGUCGCUGUUGGCUAUGCAAAGAGUACUGGAUAGAACAAUUCGAGAGAUACGUAUUUUCCGAAAACAGAGAAACAAACAUAAACUAGAAUUGUGCGUCAGUCACAUUAGGAACGAGAAUUUGGACAAGGCAUUCGAUGAGUUUUCCUCUUUCGAAAACAGCAUUCAACACUUACCCCAAAUCAUCGAGGACGUGUUUGAAAAUUCAAUAAAAAACGUGAUAAAAUUGCUACUAUUCCUGAGAGGCUACUAUUCAUUGAAGAAACCUAACUCAGAGGAAACAUUCGUAACUGCGUGUGAAUAUAUUGUCCAGUAUUUGAAGUGCACGGUAAUGUUCUGUCGAGUAGAAACGUUAACGAUAUUUAGUCUGAUCGAGGAUGUACUGCAAGAAGAAAAUCAUUUCGAAGAUUUCUACCGCGAACGCCUGGAGAUUUUACUUGUAGAUCUGGCUAGCAAUAAAGAAAUAGCCAUCAGGACGAUUCAAGUUGAUCCACACGAAUCAUGUCACUUUAUCGAAAUUUUUAAUCACAUCUCCGAUCGUUUGCUCCUCGAAUUAGUUCGGCGAGCCUAUCAGGAAGCUAACGACAGUUUAAAACACAUUCUACAAUUCGCAUCUCAUCUUCCCUGCAUUAACCAAAGUAUCAUUUGCUAUCAAGAACUGCAUUCCGAAAUGCGACGACUGGGACUAUCGAAGUCGGCGGCCAUCUUUCUGCUAGCAUAUCACAUUAAAAAAAGCAUGCAAAAUCCAAAAUUUACUCAAGCAAGCCGUGCUGUCGAACUGGAAGAACUGAAGGCUAUACUACCGCCCAAUGUAGUGAGCAUCAUUUGGAAACAAGUUACCAUUUCGAGGUAUGAAUCGCGUAUUCUGAUGAAGUUUAGCAACAUUGGUAAGGAAAUAGGUUUUUCUCGAUACACUGCAGAUAAAAACCGUUUCGAAUUCGAACCUGUUGAGGAGGGCGACGCCUUCAGGAUCCGGAACGUAACCGUUAAUGCAUACCUGGUGGAAACGGAUGGUCGUCCAGUAAUUGCGGGACGGAAAGUUUAUCCUUCUUGCGCGGAAGGUCACUGGCGAUUAAUUCCUUGUGAUGAUUGCAGUUAUUUUAUGAUUCAGAAUCGAGCCAGUGGAAAGUGGUUAUAUUCCAAAUUUUCGGAACAUUCGGAGAAAGAUUUCUACAGUGCCCCUGAGGUGGUACGAUUAAGUUCGGACAAAGAAUUACUCAAUGAAAAUAAUUCGUGUUGGAAGGUUGAGGAGUUCAUGCGAGGAUCUAAAGGAGAAUCUGAAUGUACAAUUUUAUGAAUUGUACUAGCUAUUACCAAAUACAAAUUAAAUACGCCAAGGUCCCAUACAAACGAGUCAUCAAUUUUUGGCUCACCGAACAAACAAAUUACACAACCCAAUUCGUCUGUUUCGUUUUGACAGGAAUGAUAUGGCGAAAAAAAUGAAACUGGCAACGUUACCAAAUCAA